AUGGCACGCCAUAAACUUGUUCGAGCCUGGUCGAAGGGGUCUUCCACAUCUGGUAGUUCAGCCUCCACCCGCAGAUGUCAUUCCAGCCGGUCCAGCCACUCUCAACAUACCGACAUAACCUCUUACAGUGACGUGGAGCCUCAUGUCAAGCAAUACCAUGAGUACGAAGCAGACGAAGUGGUUGUGGAGCCUUGUGACUACAACGACGAACAACAUGAUGACCCCCGAGCGUCCUGCGUCACAUAUGCUUCAACUAUUGCUUCUGAAGAAGAGCCUUCAAAACCACCAAGUCUCUGUCCACUACCGAGACAGAUAUGUUAUGAACCGGAUGCUGUCGGUACCACGCCCAGUGAAUUUGCAGAGCUGUUCCCGUCUUCCAGACGGCUGCUCAUCCAACAUGACGACACAACACUCGAUGGCAACCUGAAUCUUCGAGUCGACACCGAAAUGAUUCUUUCCAAGGGCCGAAAGCUGAAGCUGACACUGUUCCACCUGCGCAUGAACAACCUCGGGGAGCGCCAAUUCUCACUCCGUCGAUAUCAUCGGCAAUCGGGUCGGGAAGUUUGCAGCUCGAAACGAAAAUAUCUGAAACCCAGUGCCAGGCCAUCUUCGCAGCGAGGCAAGAAUCUGGGUGGUGCUCUCAACAUUGUCAGCCUCAAGACACUGGCGGCAAAGCGGAAACCCACCAGAGCUCACCACGAGUAUGAGCAGGAGCAAGAAGAGUCGGAUGAUGACCUCGACCUUUUCACUGCUCAGGCCGGCGUGAAAGCCACCAUUCCUACCGACACUAUUCGGAUUGAAUUCUCGAAUUAUGCGCAGGUCGAGCUGCAACGUUCAAGGAGAGGAGACGGCAAGCUGUAUGAUUUUGAGUACUGGGGAGAGAAAUACACCUGGAGACGAAAUGUUUUUCAGGAUGAGUCCGAGUUGGUCUUCACGUUCGAGUUGGUGAAUCGGACCACUGGCGUCUGUCUGGCUCAUAUCACCCCGGACCGGUUAUCGCCUCGACAGAGCAAGCUCGAAGCCGCCCAGGGGGGCUGGGUACCGCCGUGUAGUAUGCGGAUCGCAGAGAAGAACAUCUCGAGUGAUCUGGGGGAUGUGAUCGUUGCCACCGGAUUGAUCGCACUCACCGACGAUUGCAUCAGACAAUAUUGGCAUGAAACUCACCGCCAUUGA